AAGUCCUUGAUUAGGAGAGUGUGAGAGCUUUGGUCCCAACUGGCUGUGCCUAUAGGCUUGUCACUAGGAGAACAUCGGUGUUAAUUGCACUGUGCUCUGUCAAGGAAACUUUGAUUUAUAGCUGGGGUGCACAAAUAAUGGUUGCCGGUCGCACAUGGAUUCGGUAGAACUUUGCCUCCCUGAGUCUUUUUCCCUGCACUACGAGGAAGAACUUGAAUGAGAGCUGCCUCCUCAGUCAUGGGAUCAUAGUGUCACAUAUGGAAAAGCAACCAUCAACUGAAUUGUACUGAAUUAUACUAAAUUAUACUGCACACUUGGUCAGUUCAUCUUAUACUCUACACAUCUAAAGGAAGGCUCGUUCUGUUCUUGGGGUCUAGACAGCAUCAGGAGCUGGGCUCAGUGAACAAAACUUUAUUGUCUAGAGCAUUUAUGAGGGUUUUAAUGAUUGGAAAAUCUAUCCUGAGAAUGUGGUCACCAUAUGUGACAGCCUUGCUUUCUAUCUUGUCUUCAGUUUAUGGGGCUUCUCUGCAGAAUGUCAAACAAAGAUCGACACAUUGAUUCCAGCUGUUCGUCCUUCAUCAAGACGGAACCUUCCAGCCCCGCCUCCCUGACGGACAGCGUCAACCACCACAGCCCUGGUGGCUCCUCGGACGCCAGUGGGAGCUACAGUUCAACCAUGAAUGGCCAUCAGAACGGACUUGACUCUCCCCCUCUGUACCCUUCCGCUCCUAUCCUGGGAGGCAGUGGGCCUGUCAGGAAACUGUAUGAUGACUGCUCCAGCACCAUUGUGGAAGAUCCCCAGACCAAGUGUGAAUACAUGCUCAACUCGAUGCCCAAGAGACUGUGCUUGGUGUGUGGUGACAUCGCUUCUGGGUACCACUAUGGGGUAGCAUCAUGUGAAGCCUGCAAGGCAUUCUUCAAGAGGACAAUUCAAGGUAAUAUAGAAUAUAGCUGCCCUGCCACGAAUGAAUGUGAAAUCACAAAGCGCAGACGUAAAUCUUGCCAGGCUUGCCGCUUCAUGAAGUGUUUAAAAGUGGGCAUGCUGAAAGAAGGGGUGCGUCUGGACAGAGUACGCGGAGGUCGGCAGAAGUACAAGCGCAGAAUAGAUGCAGAGAACAGCCCAUACCUGAAUCCUCAGCUGGUCCAGCCAGCCAAAAAGCCAUAUAACAAGAUUGUCUCACAUUUAUUGGUGGCUGAACCAGAGAAGAUCUAUGCCAUGCCUGACCCUACUGUCCCCGACAGUGACAUCAAAGCCCUCACUACACUGUGUGAUUUGGCUGAUCGAGAGUUGGUGGUUAUCAUUGGAUGGGCGAAGCAUAUUCCAGGCUUCUCCACGCUGUCCCUGGCGGACCAGAUGAGCCUUCUGCAGAGUGCUUGGAUGGAAAUUUUGAUCCUUGGUGUUGUAUACCGAUCUCUUUCGUUUGAGGAUGAACUUGUCUAUGCAGACGAUUAUAUAAUGGACGAAGACCAGUCCAAAUUAGCAGGCCUUCUUGACCUAAAUAAUGCUAUCCUGCAGCUGGUAAAGAAAUACAAGAGCAUGAAGCUGGAGAAAGAAGAAUUUGUCACCCUCAAAGCUAUAGCACUUGCUAAUUCAGACUCCAUGCACAUAGAAGACGUUGAAGCCGUUCAAAAGCUGCAGGACGUCUUACAUGAGGCCCUGCAGGAUUACGAGGCUGGCCAGCACAUGGAAGACCCUCGUCGAGCUGGCAAGAUGCUGAUGACACUGCCCCUCCUGAGGCAGACCUCCACCAAGGCCGUGCAGCACUUCUACAAUAUCAAACUAGAAGGCAAAGUCCCCAUGCACAAACUUUUUUUGGAAAUGUUGGAGGCCAAGGUCUGACUAAAAGCUUCCUGGGCCUUCCCGUCCUGCACGUUGAAAAAGGGAAAAUAAACCCAAGAGUGAUGUCGAAGAAACUUAGAGCUUAGUUAACAACAUCAAAAUUCCACAAAGACUGCACUGAUCAUUUAGCAGCAAGACUAUGAAGCAGCUUUCAGAUUCCUCCGUAUCUUCCUGAUGAAUUUAUUUCUCCUUUGUCUCCCAUCUUCAUUUCUCCUACCCUCCCCACUUCUCUGCCUCUUUAUUUAUUUUUUUCCUCUCUCUUCCUUCAUCCCCCUCUUCCUCAUUUCCUUUCCUUCCUUCCUUCUGCUGCUGAACUUUUAAAAGAGGUCUCUAACUGAAGAGAGAUGGAAGCCAGCCCAGCCAAAGGAUGGAGAUCCAUAAUAUGGAUACCAGUGAACUUAUUGUGAACCAUAACGUCCCCAAUGACUAAGGAAUCAAAGAGAGAACCAACGUACCUAAAAGUACAGUACAACGUAGACGAAUUGACUGAGUGCAGUAUUAGAUUUCACGGGAGCAGCCUCUAAUUAGACAACUCAAGCAAUGUUGCAUCGGCUGCUGCUUAUCAUUGCUUUUCCAUCUAGAUCAGUUACAGCCAUUUGAUUCCUUAAUUGUUUUUUCAAGUCUUCCAGGUAUUUGUUAGUUUAGCUACUAUGUAACUUUUUCAGGGAAUAGUUUAAGCUUUAUUCAUUCAUGCAAUACUAAAGAGAAAUGAGAAUACUGCAAUUUUGUGCUGGCUUUGAACAAUUAUGAACAAUGAUGACGGACAAAUGAAUCCUGAAGGAAGAUUUUUAAAAAAUGUUUUGUUUCUUCUUACAAAUGGAGAUUUUUUUGUACCAGCUUUACCACUUUUCAGCCAUUUAUUAAUGUGGGAAUUUAACUUACUUAAGCAAUAGUUGAAGGGAAGGUGCAUAUUAUCACGGAUGCAAUUUAUGUUGUGUGCCAGUCUGGUCCCAAACAUCAAUUUCUUAACAUGAGCUCCAGUUUACCUAAAUGUUCACUGACACAAAGGAUUAGAUUACACCUGCAGUGACUCAGAGUAGUCACUUAUAUAAGCACUGCACAUGGAAUACAGAUCUGUAGAAUGAUCCGGAGUGCACCUCUCUACCUGGGAGGUACAGUUGCCA